AUGGCGGCCCAAAUCGCCGAACUUAGUCAAACGCAAACCCCAUUGCGAAGUCAUAACCUAUUGACCGACCUCAACUCAGAAGACAACCCGACUGGAAUAGUCCGAUCUACAGCCUUUGGAUCUACUGGCAACCCAGCCACCCAAUCCACCUUCAAUUGCGACGAAGAAUUCGAAGCCAUGAAGGUCAAACUUCAUGAAAUCACCUCGCAGAUUCACAAAGCAACUAGUGCCGCUUCCGAAAUCGAUCGCGUUAUCCAAGAGGCACAAAAGACGCCAUUCACUCCUAGAAUUGCUAACACUCCUGUUCGGCAUCUUGAGAAGUUAAAACUCAAAACUUACAAAGGAGAUUCCGACCCAAAACACUUUCUCACAUCUUUUGGCAUCGUCAUGAACCGCUGUCAGUUCCGGACGGCAGAAGAAAAAGAUGCAGUGAAGUGUCAGAUGUUUGUUGAAAAUCUCCAAGGAGUCGCUCUCGAUUGGUUCACUCGACUUGAAGCGAACUCCAUAAACUGUUUCGCCGAACUCUCGACAGCGUUCGCUAAACAUUUUUCGAUGUUUAUCGGGCAAAAGGCGCGAAAUGCCGAACUAUGGAGAAUGGUUCAGGGAGAAAACAAAAGUCUCCGCGACUUCAUCAAACGUUUCAAGUCAGUUGUCGCUCAUUGCACGGUCAGUGACGAGGCCGCCCUCGAGUGUUUGCACAAGGCAACUCGGAUUAAGUCAUCUUUCCACAAAGCGAUCAAACACAACCCACCGCUUACACUCAAGGACGCACUACAUCGGUCGAACUCAUAUAUUGCAGAGGAGGAAGAGGAGGCCGCCUACGAUCAGAGCAAAUCUUCACAAAAGCAGGUCGACCCAAAAGAGAGACCUAAAAAUGACAAUAACGAGCCACGUCUGACUUACGACAGAGGAUUCAAAAAUCGACGGAAGUUCGCAAGUAACAAUGUCAACUCGGCUCAACCACAGCGACCAUGGAACAAUAAAUGGAUUCGCGGUAAUGAUGAUCAAGACAAGACUUUGUUCUGCGAAUUCCACAACCGUAAAGGACACAUCACCGAAGAAUGCCGACACUUGAAAGACUACCUCCUAGAACAAUUCAGGAAAGGAUUAAUUUCGAUGGACGAUGUUCGCCGAACUCCUUUCCGACGCAACAAUGAAAACCAAGAGCGACCUAAUACAGUCACAAAUGAAAGGAUCCAAGACGCCGCUGGUACAACCAAAACAGAUAACCCACAACCAGCCCGACCCGAGCAGCAAAAAAGAGGUCGGGAAAACAACGACACAGACACCCAUGUACCAAAACCCAGGAAACGAGUCAACUUUAUCAUGGGCAAACUCGAGAUGUGCAAUUACUCAGUUCGGGGGAUAAAAGAAUAUAGUCGACAGACGAUUACCGCGUCAAAAUUCAGCACAAUAACGACGAGCGGACCAGCUAUUGCAUUCACAGAAGCGGAUACAAUCGGUCUCUAA